UUGUUAAAUUUAUCCAAAAAUGACCGACGAAUUGUGUGAUAAGAUUGAAACUGAUGAGUUUUACAAAAACUUCCUUGCGGAUAAGCCCAGCCCCGAGCUCCAGCUAACCGUGGCCAUCAGUGAUCAAAUCACCAAACUAUCCGAAGGUAUCGAACAACUUUCCAGCGCUCUACAAAAGCAAGUCCGCGAACAGUACGGUGCGCUACUAUCGCAGGCCAAACAUGCCGGUACACUGAACGCAUCGAUUGAAUCCAUUUCGAGUCACAUCGAAACCCUUCGCUUCGGUGCCGAACGUUUACGCCGGCAGAUAACCGUUCCGUACGAUGUUCUGGAAACACAAACCAAGGUGCUGGGACGACUACACGAAGCAUCUCACGUGCUGCGCCAAUGUGCCCGUUUCCUGCAGGUUCACAAACAGCUAGACAGUACGACCGAUCUGGCCGAACAGGCUAGCAUCGUGAACGAGCUGGAAGGUCUGAUGGAAGAUGUGGAUCUGACAAAAAUUGAUUUUCUUCGUGAAGAAAUAGGCACCGUGAAGAAAGCCAAACAGCGACUGCUGAAGCUAGCGAAUCGCGAUCUUUUCGAAGGCAUCCUUAAAAACAAACCCGAUCAGGUCGGUGUUUGUGUACGCAUUUUUCACAAUUUGAAGAUUUUACCCAAGUGCCUUACCAAUGUGCUGGAAACGUUCAGUAACUAUCUGAAGGAUGCAAUAAAGGAAUCCUUCGCCGGGACGGAUGUGGCCAAGCUGCGCAAAACGGGUUUCUCAUCACCCGCCAAAGAACGGCAUGAAUCACGCCAGCUGAAAGCCCCCGGUAAAGCACCGACCCUUACCAAUUCAUCCAACUUCCGCACGAAACUGUGGCAAGCACUGGAAUGGUUGUUCCUGGACGAAAUGUAUGGCCACUGCACGCAAGUACUAUUUUUGCAAAAAUGUCUACUCGAGCUUCCUCUCGGCGAUGACUACAUACUGGCAAAAGAGUUCGAUCGCAAGUUUUGGACCAAUCUCGAGAAACAGCUGGUGGCCUCAUUCAAAUCGGCUCAAUCCCACGUGAUGCAAACACUUCAGCAGGGUCUGCCAAAACUGCUUUCGCUUGCCCGUGGUUUAGAAACGAAAAUUGAUCAACAUUUUACGUUCGGCGAGAAAGUGUUUGGUUCCCUCGAGGCGGGUUAUCUGGAAAAGUGUGCCAACAACUUUAAAGUCGCACUGGCGGAUAUAGAUUUUCCGAACCAGGAAGUCAUCGAUGGAUUGGUACGGGUCGCAUCGACCGAGCUUAAUGCGGCCAUCGUUGAUCCGCGCCUGAUCGGUCUAGUGACGGGUGUACUGUGUGUGUCGAACAAGGAUCUUUGGAACAAAAUCGAACGCAACGUUAAGCUCGGUUCCGAAACACAGCAAGUGUUUGACAACCCAAAUGUAUCACAGUCGCAGAACAUAACCCUGGCAAAUAUUAUCUUCUACCAUCACGAAUCAAUCAACCGGUUGGUGCAGAAUUUGGGAACGAAAUUUGCCUCACUGGAAGCAUCGAAAAGUUUAACAUCAAGUCUUGUGGAAGGGAAAACGAUAACGAUGGCGAUCCUACAACCCCUGAUCGCAUCCAUCCAUUCCGCGGUGAACGUCAUCCUGCUCUCGAUGCACCGUGAGCCGGGAUUAAACUCGAACAACAUUUCCACCGCCGGCCCUUCACUGUACAUGAAAGAACUGCAGGACUUUAUCGUUCGCUCCUGGAACACUCACAUCCUACCAUUUAACGAUCGCCCAAUGAUCGAAGAAGCUGGCCGUAAUCUAGCCGUUCGUUGCAUUGAAUUGUUCGUACAAAACUUAGCCACCAUACGACCGAUUUCAAUGCCGGGCAGACAACGACUCAAAGCCGACUGUCACCAUCUCGAGAGUGCACUGAAACCGAUCGUACCGGACCUUUCCUCGUUGGGCAAAAGCUUCCGUUUGCUUCGAGCAAUCGCUACACUGUUUACGGCUACCCCACAGGAGCUGGUUGAGCAUACGGCCGAGGAGGGUGGUGUAGUACCGCCGUACAUUGUGCUGUUUAUGCUUUUCGGACACGCCGGUAAUGAUAUGGCAAGCCCGCACGUUACAGCCGGCUGGGGCAAUGAGAAGCUGCUGCAGUGGUUGGAAAGUCAUUCCGCGGAAAGAGAACGAUUGGAGCUAAUUACGGGAGCGCUACAGAAGUAUCGCACCGUGAUUCGGCAGAAGAACAUAACGCAGUACGAUCCCGUGUAUCCGAUCGUGACGAACUACCUGGAGAAUGUUGUUAAACAUUUGCAUUAAGU